AUGACCAGCAAACGCGCAUUCGCCAGGACAGCAACCGACAUCUCCCUGAGACCACCCCAGACACAGACUUUCGCCGACCCAGAUGAAAUCGCAGAGGACUAUGACGACAACUUCAAUGACCAAAGAACAGGAGGGCGACUUGUGCCAGACCCAGUUCAUGCGGUGCCUUACUUGACCCCUCACAAAGUCUCGGAUUCUUCAGAGUACCUGCACCGCGAUGUAAAUGAGUUUGGAAGUCGAGUCUCGAGUGAAGCAGGGGAUAUCGUAUGGAGCCACCUCAAGAACACGCUCAAAAGGAUCAAGAGUCCCCAUCACCUCAGCGAGUUCUUCAUGUACAAGCUGGAGCACGAUCCCAUGGAUGACCCCAUGGAGGAAUCAGGUCGAGAGAUUGGCCUUGCGGACCUCAUUCACGACCCUAACCCUAAUGCGAUUGUAGUUGAAAACGACACACGAAUAUUGCUGGAACCAUCAAGUGUGCUGGGUCUCUAUGUGCGAAAGGCCAGGAUCGAGUUCAGGAAACUCAGUUUCGAGGAGGUGUGCAAGUGCUACACGGCUCUGGAGAUGUAUAGCUCUGCGCUGGAUCGACCAACAGUGCCUUCACCAACCGACCGUAGGCGGAAUUCACAGUCCCCAGGAGGUUCGGUGCUCAUGUCGAUCUUUGACGUUGAAAAGUAUCUCGAUACACAAACCGACAAACUCUCUGAUCCUGGCCAAGCAAGUAUACCCGAUGAGUUAUUGGCUCAUGUCUAUGAAAUACAGUCGAGAAUGCCCGCACUUGCCAAGACACACUACAUCACAUGUCUACAUGCCCAACAGAUGGGAGAUUACGAGAUUGCGAUUCAAAGUCUGUACCGGUUUUUUGACUACUGCAUCUCAAUGCAGGACCAGGUGCUGUAUCAGUACGCGCUUCUGAACCUAGCCAUGCUGCACGCCCGCUUCUCCAAUUACGAUCAGGCUCUCGUUGCGCUUGAGGAGACGAUUGAAAUGGCUAGAAGUCAAUUGGAUCAAGAGUGUCUAAGCUACGCGUCAAAUUGGCUGAAUCGACUGACAAGAACAAUGCCUGGAACCGGAUCGGACAUGAACAAGGCUCAAAUGCUGGCAGAACUUGCAGGAGAAAUGGAUGAACAGUCAUCACACUACUUGACCUCGCUCAAUGAGCUGAACAACGCCAAGCAGUUGUCCAAGAUAUGGGGUGCCUAUGGAAACCAUCCACUGUCGUCCCUCUACUCCCAGCUGCAACUCAAAUACCGGCCAAGUGAUGUCGAUAUGAGCGAUGCUACAUCUGGUUACACCAAGCAUGCAUCUGACUUGACACUCAACGGUUAUUUUGAGGAGGCGCUCAGAGUGAUCGAGCAAGCAAAGACCAAGUUUCCAUCGAACACUUUGAAGGCGGCUCCGUGGGUACAGACCCUUGUUCAGCUUCUCCAGAGGAAAGCUAUGUCGUCCAACAACCUUCGCAAUGCAGAGAUCUGGAACCAACAGCUUGGCAGCACACUUUUAAAUACACCGCGACUUAGCUCAUCCAACAGGAGUGCCAACAAGAACAUGGACUCUCCUGGUAACGGCAGCUUUGAGAAUGGUGGCGGUGGUAGUGGAGGGACUGGAAAUGCAAAUGGAGCCGGUGCGUCGCAGGACGCUCAGCUGGACGAUACGAGUCUGGAACUUCAACUCGACAUUCUGAUGCAGAACGCGCUUUUGAGUGUAUUGGUGGGUCAACGCCAAUCGGGUGUAAAUCAGCUCUCGGAAGGGCUAGCUAUCCUCCAGCAAAACCAGUGGUCUGGCGCCCACAAGUUUACCAUAAUGUACCUGCUUGCACUCGCUGAAGUCUUCAUGGAAUCUGAAAGCGCCAUCUCGGCAGUGCCACUCUUGCUGACAGCGGCCACGCUCAGUGAGGACAGUUUUCAGAGACCGUUGUUACUCCUUGUCAAGUUGCGCUUAGCAGAAGUUCUCUUGUAUCUGGAUAAUGUUCAACAUGCGAAAGAUCUGGUUGACAGUAUUAUGAGCAUGGCCCUGAACCAAGGAGACAUGUUUGUGCAGGCGCUCGCUUACUUUCAGAGCGCAAAAUGCCUCCUUGCUUGCGUACAUCGAAAAAAGUCGUCUUCAUCUUCAGAUCGUCGCCGCGGACUCCACGAAGUCAUUGUACUACUAAAGCAUGCUCUACAUGGUUACCGACAAAUCGACUCGGUGAAGGAUGUGGCGCAGGUGUUGUACUUUCAGACGAGGGUGUAUCGGGAGCUAAGGCAGGACGAUGAUGUAGAAACAUCCCUGACAGAGUUCAAGACAGCCAGUCUGAAGCUCACGGCGGCUCAGAAUGAGCGUGCACCAAGCUGGUUCUCUUACUAUUAUACUCGCGACGCAUUCGAUGGGCUUUUGCGGGCAAAUGAACCCAAAAAUGCUGCUGACUCUGUGCCGAGAGCGCCGAGUAGCAGUAACUUGCUUGCAGGAGGUGGUGGUGGUGGGCUCAGCCGGGCUGCUUCGGGACUGUUGGGUGCUUCGGAUGGAGGGGGUCUCGGACGGAGUGGGUCGAGCCAAUGGAGUGGAGGGUUAAAACGGACAUCCAGUCAACUCUGGCAGUGGACUGCUCGCGCUGAGCGAGAGCCUGUACUACCGCGGCAUCGCGAAGAGGCCAUGGAUGAGGUUGGUCCAACGCAAGUGGAUGAGGGAGUCGCCACAUAUAUUGUUCAGUCUCCUGUGGAGGGUGCCAGUGACGGUACUGGUGGUAGCGACGGUACUGGCGAUAGUGAUGGUACUGGUGAUAGUGAUGGUAAAGGGAGCGUGGAUGGAGUGCGCGAGUGCGCGUUGGACGAGAUCAUGAGUCCAGAGCUCGUUGAUAAGAAUGCCACCCCUGGGCCCAGCCAGCAGAAGAGGCGAAGGUUUGGGAGUGAAUAA